AGUUGGAAGUCAUCUGGAGUACAUUUCGACAUCGCCCUCGACUCGAAACGCGCGGCUCGAUAGCAGCUUCAUACGCACCAAUAAUUCUUAAUCACAACCUUGCAAACAUCAGCCAUGCCGCGCUACACAACGCCCAUAAUAUCGACCUUCUACAUCACAAUAUUAAUCCUUCUCACCUUUCUAUCCACACCGACAAUAGCUCGUCCCGGUCUUCGAACGCGAGGUCUCCCAGGCGCAGUUUACGUUUGCGACGGCACCGACUUCAGUGGAAACUGCGCCUGGCGACCUCCCGAAGACAAUUGCAUCAUAGUGAGCUCUGCAAAAUCCAUCGGACCCGACCCAGACGGACGCUGCACUUUAUUCCAAAAAUUCGACUGCACGGGCGAGGUCCAGACAUUGGACUUUCCUGGUGCUGGAUCGGGCUUGCCGACAUUUCAGGCUAUCAAGUGCACAGCGAAUGAGUCGAGUAAGAGAAGUGUAGUAGAAAGAGAGGAAAUUGGGGUUGAGAAUGAGAACAGGAUUUCAGUAGUGGAAGGGAAUCUGGAAUUGGCGGAGGUGUAGGGAGUUUGGAGUAGGCAGAACAUGGAGAAGAGAUUGUCAAGACAAAAGAAAACGGGAUUGGUGUGCUUGUAUUAGAGAAGUAUACGUGUUAUAAACCGUGUGUUGCACCUUGUAAAAGGUCUAGAAGGUACCGUAUUGGUAUCGUUGACAGUUUCGUAAUAGUAAUCGACAUGCCUGGAAGCCUAUAAUUCAUCUUAGAUCUCAAAACACACUUGAUAUAAAGUACCUCAGAGGAUGUAUGUCACUUUCACUGUUCCACCAAUAUUG